AUGGCGACUCUUCGGGGCAUACAACAACCAGAGCUAAGCAAGAAGCUUUUCAAGAUGAUCAAGUCCGAGAAUCAUGCAAUCGGCGCCUACGAAGCUGCUAGCCGUGAACGUAUCUCGAUUGCUUCUCAGCUUUCCGAUUGGGGCGAAGCUACGAACGAUGACUCCAUCUCUGAUAUCUCAGAUAAGUUGGGUGUGCUACUUUCAGAGCUUGGGGAGCAAGAAGAUUUGUUUGCCCAGAACCUGGAAGACUCCCGCGGUGUCUUAAAACAGAUCAGGAAUACGGAGAGCUCUGUGCAGCCAAGUCGUGAUCAGAAAGCAAAGAUCUCGGAUGAGAUUGCCAAAUUGAAGUACAAGGAGCCCACCAGCCCCAAGAUAACGCAAUUAGAGCAAGAGUUGGUACGAGCCGAAGCACAGAACCUCGUUGCGGAGGCACAAUUGACGAACAUCACUCGUCAAAAACUCAAAGAAGCCUACGACGUGCAAUUUGCGGCCACCAUCGAGCGCGCCGAGAAACAGAUCAUGCUCGCUCGCCACGGGCGCCGAAUACUCAACCUUCUCGACGACACGCCCGUGGUACCGGGUGACACACGCCCCGCCUUCGAGCACGGUGCACAAGCCCGGCAGAUCUUGAACGAUGCUGAGGAAGACCUACGCGAAUGGGCGCCGAAUCUGGAACCUGUCACAAGCUCUGCAAAGGACAUGACAUCGAACCUGAUGCCCAGCCAGGCCGGGACCGUUGCGCACAGUGAUGCCGGUGACACCGUCACUACCACGCAAGGAAGCACGGUAGGAGAUGUUGGAUCACCAACGCACGGUGGGAGUUCGCACGUUGCACAGACUUCAGCAUGA